UCAGCUUGUCAUCAGAGAUUCCGGAUGUGUGCUGUCGUCAGAGCAGAACUUGUUUUCUGCUUCUCAUUGCUGACAGCUUGUCUGCUGCUGCUGAUGGAAGCUAAUGUAGCGCAGUAGAUAUUCAACACAACGCUUCGACGGUACAACAGCCGACUGGGAUGGUAUCAUGGAGAGAGACAAUCAUCAAGAAGGAGAGGUACACGGAGUGAAGAUUUGUGAUCCACCCUGUGAGAGCCAUCCACCUGCUGACACUUUGGCGACUUCUCUCUCCCUCUUGGGGAAUCACAUGUUUCCUGAUCCGGUGGAGAGAAAGGACGGUACCACUGUUGACAAAGAGGAGCUUGCAGAUUCUCUCCUGUCAGAUGUUACGGAAGAGGAGCAGAGUCUGGACGCAGAGCCCCUUUCUAACCAGGAAACAAAGCUAGAGACUGAAGAGACAGAUAACUCUGAGAGUCAGAACAACUUGUCUACCGAGGAUGCUGCUGAGGAUGCUGCAGAGGAUGCUGCCACUGACAAUGACCGUAGCGACUCUGGGGAGUUUGUCGUUACAAUGCUGGCCAAGGCCAAGCUGGAGGAGCAAGGGAUAGGUGUGAAGGGAAGGUCAUCUCCCUUGUUGGAGGCGGGCACCCAGGAAUGUCCUGCGUUUAUUUCUCAUCGUGAUGAGGAUGUGACAUCUGACAGUUGGCGGCAGCACAGGAAGCAUGUUUUUGUGUUGAGUGAGGCAGGCAAACCCAUCUAUUCCCGAUACGGCAGUGAAGAGGCUCUUUCAUCUACAAUGGGAGUCAUGAUGGCGCUGGUUUCCUUUGUUCAAAGUGGAGAUAAUAUCAUCCGCUCUGUCUAUUCAGCGGAGCACACCGUGGUGUUCUUACAGAAAGGGCCCUUGGUGCUGGUGUGCGUCUCCAGCAGUCGCCAGACGGAGCAGCAGCUGCGUGGAGAGCUCCUUUACGUGUACUACCAGAUCAUCAGUAUGCUCACCCAGGCCAGCAUUACCCGCAUCUUUGAACACAAGAAAAACUACGACCUGAGGAGACUCCUGGCGGGCUCCGAGAAGAUCCUGGACGGUCUUCUCAACCUGGUGGAUUCCGACCCCAGCUUCCUGCUAGCAGCAGUGCACUGCUUGCCCUUAGCUUCCUCUCUCAGGGACUCUCUCAGCCAGAUCCUGCAGAAAGCAAUCACCCCCAAUCUGGUUUUCUCCAUCCUCAUCGCCAACAACCAGCUGCUCACCAUCGUCCAAGAAAAGACUGUCAUCGAGGACUCCAGGCUGGAGCCCGCCGACGUCCACCUCCUGCUCAACCUCAUCGGAGCCUCCUCCGCCUUUCAGGCCGGGGAGAUCUGGACUCCCAUCUGCCUCCCCCUCUUUAAUCCCGACUGUUACUUUUAUGCAUACAUUUCUUACCUGGACCCUCCAGAAUGCACUGUUUGCUUGCUGCUGCUCUCGACGGACAAGGAGGCUUUCUACGCCGUGGCCGAGUGCAAGAGGAAGAUAGAGGAGGCCAUGACGGCUCUGAACUCCCUGAGCCUCAUUGCCAAAGUCCAGUCGUACAGCGUGAGUCAGGUGGGCGUCUCAGACCUCAGACACUUCAUGUACAAGCCCUUUGAUGUGCCAGACACCUACCGCCAGCUAACUCAGUUCACCAGCCCAGAGAUGGAGGCCCCGUACGCCAGUGAAGAGGAGAAGAUGAGACUGCUUGAUCUUUAUCGUUAUAUGCACAGCCGCAUCCACAGCACCUCACGACCCCUCAAGCUCAUCUACCACGUCGCUGAGAGGGAAACUCUACUAGCCUGGGUCACCAGUAAAUUCGAGCUGUACACCUGCUUCAGUCCUCUGGUGACGAAGGCCUGCGCUAUUACUGCUAUCACUAAGCUUCUACGGUGGAUUAAGAAGGAGGAAGACCGUCUCUUCAUCAGAUACCCCCCAAAGUAUUCAACCACCCCGAACCCCAGCAAGAGCUCUCGAGGUGGGAAAUCUGACCAGCAAGACUCCACAGAUAACGGCUUCUUAUCUCUUCUAUAGGACCCUCUCUCAGCGCUCGGCCUCAUUCAACAAUAGUUUGUACACUGGUUCCAAGAUAUUUUUUGAAACCCUUUUUUGACACUUUGUUGGACUUGACAGACAUUGACUACUGGAAUCAGAACACUACAGAAGUUUUACACUAUUUAAGAAGGAAUGAACUCUUUCAAGCUAGCAUUGUUUCUUUACCUUAACAAAGAAAGCAUGCCAUUGCAUCGCUGCUUUCGAUCAGAAACGACAGCAGUUAGUACGUUUUAAAUUGAACUGUGGUAGAAAAAGAAUUGCAAUGAUAUUUAAAUGUUUUUUUUUAUAUUGUUUUAUUACUGCAACAAGAGAGACAAGUUCCUCACGGACAGUGAAUGUAUCACACAGAUGACAGUUCGCUCAUAUGCUAUAACUAUUCAGCGCAGUAGGUUGAGGUGAGGAGUGAACUUAAACUACCUUUUUUUCAGACUAGUUCUUAGAUGUAGAUUUCUUUCAUGAAACAAAAAUAUGUUACAAAACAGGAUAUGCAAGAAAUGAAUGUAUGUUGUGUUUUGAUGCUUAACAUGAACUGGAAUAACAACAACUGGAACUGCCAGAACAGGGAUGGGCCACCAGAUGUGUAAUACAGGGUCAUGAACAGGCCCCUCUGUGGAUUUGGUUGCACGUCCCUCUGGCAGAACGUGAAAUCAUGACGUUGUUUCACAUCCCACUGAUGUUUUUAUUCAAUUUAAGUCGAUCAGGUUACAUUUUGUGCAGAAAACAAAGUAGGAAAUCCCAGCCUGUUACACCUGACCACUUUACAUGAUCGUCAUCAUUGUCAUUGUUAGUGUUUUCAUCGUCAUCUAGUUAAGCUAAGAAGACGCCACCGAGCUCACGCAGUGUUUUUCCUGCAGAUACUUCUGGUCCGGUUAUCAGUCGACACUAGUUGUAGUAGUGACUUCAGGCGACUUGUCGUUUUGGAUAAUAGUUUUGUAAAGAUGGUCUAUAAACAGUAGCCUCAUCCUUGUGUCUUUUGAGGAAAUUUCCCUGUCAAUUCAAGUCUUAAAGAGUAUGUCUAUAGUAUUAUGAAAUAAAUCCCAGGUUGCACAAAUCUA